CGGACUUGUUGAGUUCAUACCAGUCAGAGUGACACUUACCAGGGAGUCAUGCUCAGCAGGGUCUCCGUUCGUAGACAUGCUUGUCGUCCGCAAGAGAAACGUGAACUAUCGAUGAGUCGAUACAAGGGAUCUUGAUUCAUAGGCGCUUCCUGUCACUGGACACCUUGUAGUGAGUAGUUGGUGACCAAAACUAGGUCUGCGACAUAGCCACCAGAUUGCAGGGUCUCCAUCGCUCUCCGUAGAAGUCGAAAUCCAUCUCCACUCCAACCUUCUCGACCAGACACUCUUGUAUUGUACAAUGGGGUCUGAGAAAGGCCCUGUUUCAUUGUCUACCAUUCUGCCAAUCAAUCUUUCCACGCUGUGUAAACUUGCUGAAACAAACGACAUGGUUUCACUAUGGGACAGUCUAGAACCAUGGUUCAGGUCCAAAGGUUACAUCCUCUAUCCUCGUAGCUCUUCGGGAAACGUGAUAUAUCCUUCCAACGAGCCUGUUUACACUCUCAAUGAAUCCCCCGCUAAGUUCCCUUUUGCUCAUUCCGAAAGCAGGAAUCCAGAGGAUCGAAGCUUUUUUGCACUAUUCGGGUUGUUUGCAGCGGUAAAUGUGCAGCGCCGGGACAUCGUCAUUAAGUUGCUACCCCAUGAUUAUCCCGAGCUCGCAAUCUUCAAGCGUCUUGUAUCUGAACCACAGUGCUCGGAUCCUCUGAAUUUGACCAUUCCUGUUCUCGACAUCCUCACCUAUAGUGAUGAGAUCUCUUUCGUUAUCAUGCCCAGAUGGGGCGACACACCUUCUGUGUUGUUCGAUGGCUUUGAUUGUCUUGAAACGGCCUUUGAGUUUGCGCUAUGCAUGUUGAAGAAUUUGAUUGUACAUAGGGUAACGGUACUUUGCCCUAGUAUCACUGCCAAUGUCUCACUCAAUCUCCUCCAGGAUAUCAAGCUUAACAACAUACUCAUCAAUAGCUAUGGCGGGCGCCGAUAUAACAGCCACUACCACUCAUUCUUUGCCUCAAAGAAGGCUCGAUUCGUGCUUUGCGACUUUAGUAUCUCCAUGAUGUUUUCUUCAGAUACUCUGCCCGCAGAGCGGGUCUGUCCUGCGUCGGCCAGUGAAGAUGGAUAUUUUGACUUUCAUCCGCCGGACGCUGCCAACGGGGAAACCAUUUAUGAUCCUUUCGCAUACGACGUAGCGUGCUUAGGUGGUCUUCUUUGCGAAAGCAUAGGCUAUAUGACGCCUCUUGCGCCACCUCUUGCGCCAUUCCUGGAUGGCAUGAUUACGCCAGAUAUAUCUACUCGAUAUACGGCAGCUGAGGCUUUGGAGGCAUUUAUCCAACUCAAGGAUAGCUUCGAUCCUACAUAUCUCAGUAAUACUCGUGCUCCAGCUCCUCCCACUCUUGGAACGUACAUAUGGCAAAGCUAUGAUCGGUGGGCGGGCCUUCCAGAAGAAUUCGUGCGUGAACAUACAGCCAAACGCGCUCCUGUUCGGCCUAGGCGAAAACUGCAGUUUCUUGAUGACACGUCCAUUUUCGUCGAGUGGAAUGCUCCUCCGGUGGUCUAGCCGCGUAGGAUACGCAAUAGCUCCUUCGUUGCAGAUGCAGAUCUUCGUCAUGUAUAAUUCAUCAGGCCUCCUCAAACGCUCUUUCAUGAUGUGAUUCGCAAUUUCAUGUGAGUUUGGCUUAGACGUGAGCUAAGUUGAAGAAAUCACCCGGCAAUGCUUAUACCACGCUGGUUCGAUGUAGCGAAGAUGACUCGUGCAAACCAGUACACAAACGUGAAUGCUAUGCUGGGUCGGCCGACAAUGGUUCCCAUUUUGGUAUUCACAAAUGAGGGUUCUGAGAGGGAAGGUCUUUCGGGAUGAUCGGAGACUUCUCCUAGAAUCAGAAUUUCCGAGAAGACUUUCCAUAGUAGAACCGCACAUGGAAGCCCUUCAAGGCAGGAUGAACGAUCGAUAGUCAAAACGUUAGCGUCAGAAGGAACUCUGGAUCAACGAUUGAGUUGUCGAUACGGAUGGAC